AUGGGUACCUAUCGAAAACGUUUUAAUGAAAAGGCCAGAGCUGGCCAAAUGGCCAAACUAAAAGAGCUGAAGAAAGUGAGAAACAAGCAGUUUACAAGACACCUUGAGGAUGGUAACGAGCCUCAAGAUCCUCACGAAUCCGAAGAACCACGCAACAGUAAUGCAGAAAUUGUUGAACCCUUAACGGAAGCCGAGAAAGAGGCCAAGAAACGUAAACUGGAAGAGCUUUUCAAGCCUGAAAAGGAGUCUAAGGUGUCUAGACUCAAAAAGAAACGACUAGACAAGUUCAUCGAGCAUCAACUAAAGAGGGAAGAAAAGAAGGCUAUUAUUGACAAGUUGCAAGACCACAAAAUAGACACUGGUAUACUCACGAGUUCGAAAAACUUGGGUCAUGGCAGACAGACCAAGAAACAAGCAUUCCAAGAAGCUCUGAAACUAGAGCAAAUGGGUCAAGCAAGUGAUAAAAUUAGGGAAAUCUUAUAUCAGGAGCAUGAAGUCAAGGACUGGGAAGAACGAAGUGACGGAGAUGAAGUCGACGAUAGCAGUGAUGAAAACAGCACCGCUGGGUUCGAGGCUAGGACAGACGAGACUGAGGCACCCGCUUCAUCCUUUGUAGACAACAGACCGGCAAAAUUUGGCGGGUCUGGGUUUGGCUUUGCCUUUCAGAAUGCAAAAGUGGUACGCAAAACUAAACCCUCUUCGAAGAAGCGGUACAACUGGCGUGAAAGAGUAAAUAUGCAGGAAGCGCGCAAGCACUCGAAAGAAGAUGAAAUGGAUUUUGAUACUUCUGAGGAAGACGAAGAGGAUACCAGCGAGAGCUCCAGUGAUUCUACAGCUGAAGUAGAUGAGGAUGUUGAUAAAGGUGAAGAUGCGACAGGGUCCACAUCUGUCUCAGAUUCAAACGGUGAAGAAAUUCAAUCUGCCGAAAACGCUGCAGAUGACUUCAAAUCAUGGGCUGAGGGUGAAAUAAAAAAAUUGGAAGGUCGGGAUGUUCCGCUAGAGACCCCGCAAUUGUUGGGGCCAUAUGAAAAGAUUACUAGAAUCGAAGACUUAGAAGAUGGUCUAGUGGAUGACAGUGCACCAGUGAGCGAAAGCUCGAAGCGGAAGGUCUUCUACGUCAACGUUAAUAGGCCUGACGAGAUACAACAGGCUAGGUUGAAGUUGCCUGUUUACGGUGAAGAACAUAAAAUCAUGGAGGCCAUUCAUCACAAUGACGUAGUCGUUUUAUGUGGUGAAACUGGUUCAGGUAAAACAACACAAGUUCCGCAGUUUUUAUUUGAAUCUGGUUAUGGUGACCCUCUUUCUCCUGAUGCCCCAGGUAUGAUCGGCAUUACACAGCCACGCAGAGUGGCUGCAGUCUCUAUGGCCAAGCGUGUGGCGAAAGAACUGGGUGAUCAUCAAGACAACGUUUCAUAUCAGAUACGAUUUGAUUCGAGCGUCUCCGAAAAUACCAAGAUGAAAUUCAUGACCGAUGGUGUACUUCUAAGAGAGAUGAUGAAUGACUUCAUGCUCACCAAAUACUCUGCCAUUAUAAUCGACGAAGCGCAUGAAAGAAAUAUCAACACUGAUAUUCUUAUUGGACUUUUGAGUAGAUGUGUUAGACUGCGCGCUAAGAAUCACGAAAAAAAUCCAAGCUCCGCGAAGAAAUUAAAACUAAUCAUCAUGUCCGCUACUUUAAGAGUUACAGAUUUUAGCGAGAACCCUAAAUUGUUCGUCUCACCCCCUCCAGUUUUAAAAGUCGAUGCUCGUCAGUACCCUGUGUCUGUCCAUUUCAACAAACGUACGACCUUCAACUACACUGAGGAGGCUUUUCGAAAGACCUGCAAAAUCCACCAAAGGCUUCCAAGAGGUGCCAUCUUAAUCUUUAUGACUGGGCAGCAAGAAAUAACACACAUGGUAAAGAGGUUGCGGAAGGAGUUCCCUUUCCCUAAAAUGGCGAAACCUUUCGAAGAGAUGAACAGUAGCAAGGACAUGACGAUCAAAGUCAAUCCAAGAAAUGCUGAUGUGGAAGCCGAGGAUGUGGAGUUCAGUGUAAACACUGGAACGAGGUUGGAAGGAGAAGACAGAGACGACUUUGAAGAGGAGGAAUCGGAUGGAGAAGAAGGUUUCGAUGAAACGCUUGAAGAUGGGCAAACUGCUACAGACCCACUGUAUGUUUUGCCUCUUUACUCCUUAUUGCCAACGGAAGAGCAGUUAAAGGUAUUUCAAGACCCCCCUGAGGGCUCACGACUGUGUGUGGUUGCGACAAAUGUGGCCGAAACAUCUCUCACGAUUCCCAACGUCCGCUAUGUCGUUGACUGUGGGAGGUCGAAAGAACGUAUUUUCAAUGAGUCAAAUGGUGUACAAAGUUUUGAAGUAGGCUGGGUGAGCAAAGCAUCCGCUGAUCAAAGAAGUGGUAGAGCUGGUCGUACAGGUCCUGGCCAUUGCUAUAGACUCUACUCAUCUGCUGUGUACGAGAGCGAUUUCAAUCAGUUCUCGAAACCGGAAAUCUUAAGGAUGCCCGUUGAAAGCGUAGUACUGCAAAUGAAGAGCAUGGCCAUCCACAACAUAUUGAAUUUCCCUUUCCCAACUCCACCGGGCCAAGAUGCUCUAUCCAACGCAGUCAAACUCCUUAAGUAUCUCGGAGCUCUAGACAGCAAAGACGCUAUCACUGAUGAUGGUAAGAAAAUGAGCCUCUUCCCUUUAAGCCCUCGGUUUUCUAAAAUGCUCUUAGUGGGGAAUGAAAGCGGCUGUUUACCUUACAUUGUAUCUAUCGUCAGUGCUUUAUCUGUUGGGGACCUUUUUAUGUCCGAGAAUGAACUAGGCAUUGGCGCUCGAAUGGAAGACAAUUCAGAGAGUGAAGAGCUGGACGCUGAGCAAAAAACCCGUCUCCAGCAAUUGCGAACCCAAUACCAUAAAAGUCAAGCCAAAUUUUCGAAAUUGGAUAAAUACAGCGACGUCAUGAAACUUCUAAGUGCUAUUAGCUCGCUAGACUACAUCAGUUCAGAGAAAAUGUCCUUGUUUAUGAAAAAGAACUUUAUGAGGCCCAAGAUUGUGGAGGAAGCCAGAAAACUGAGAAAGCAAUUGCUAUACAUUGUCAAGUCUAACACUUCGAGAGAGAACGUGGCUGUAAGCGUGUCUGAAGAGUCCUUGAAGUCGGGUGUUCCCAAUGAGAGCCAAGUAAAAUUACUGAAGCAGAUGGUAUGCGCCGGUUUUGUUGACCAGGUCGCAAUAAGAGCAGAUCUCAUAGCUCCAGAGGAUUGCAAAAUUACUAAUAAGUCCGCCAUAUCUGGGAUUCCGUAUAUUCCGGUUUUGGCGCCCAAAGUUCCCGGUGACAUCGCCCAAACUUUCGUCUUUUUGCAUCCUGCUUCAAUUAUCAACACCAGUGGCGAAAGCCCGCCCAAGUACUUGGUUUACCAUUCGUUGCAUCAAAAUAAUCGCAGCGAAGCGUCCAAGACUCGUAUCAGACCACUCUGUGACAUUAAGAGUACCCCGCUUGUGAAUAUUGCGCGCAAGGGCUCUCUCGUCACUUACAGCAAACCGCUUUCCGGCCAAGGUAUUCGUCCGCUAGACUUAUCGCCAACGGAAAGAUUAUGCUACGUGACCCCACGGUUUGGCUCUUCUAUGGACAGUGAUCUGAAGGUAACUUGGGAUUUAAACCCCUUAGCUGUCCAUCAGAAGAAGGUAGCUGGUCAGUGGAUUGUAGACAAGCUGGUCACCGCUAAAUACUAUAAGGACGUCAGCGUUCAAAAGUCCACAAAGUAA